CCUGCAUCUCCGCUCCCUCCCUGCCUGGCCCUGCCGCGGCCCCUCUGCUCGCGGGCUGUGUCCGGCUGAGGCGGCAGGUUUGGGUUAUGCUGCGCCACGGUCCCUCCACCAGGGUCGGGGGUCGGCAUGGCGGUGCCGGGGACCUUCGUUAGCCUGUGGGAAGGCGAGGAGGAGCGCGCCGGGAGCUGCGGCGUGGGGCGAGGGAGCCCUGGCCCGGCGGUGUGUGUCCUGCGCCGGCAUCGGGACACCUGCGCUGGGUCCGCCGGCAGCGCGGCCGGUGCUGCUGGCCCGCGGGCCACCGUGUCCUGCCCGUCUGCUGACCCCCAGGGCAGCCCCCUGCCCACGCCGGGGUCGCACCUCCAGUCGUGGUUGGGAGCCGAGUGUGAACUUUGACUUGCCUCCUUCCUUCCAGUGCAGGGAGGUGUCGUCAUCCAGCCUGGCGGCAGGGUGUGGGCGUUGCUUCUGGGGAUAGCUCUGAAACAGGCUGGGUUUAGGUCACUCGGAAAUUCGGGUUUGACGGCGUUUCAUGCCUAAAAUGGGGAGCCAGGUGCAUUUUGUGCUUUUGAAACUUUUCUUUCUGCUCUUAGCUGCAGCAGCUGCAUUUCCAGAGAUAUACGUUACUGGGAGGGAAUCACUAAAUUGAACAGCAAUAACCAUGGGAGAUGCUGCAAAACCUUGCUUUGCCAAAAAAAAAGAGCAGGAAAUUUUGCCUCAAGAAUUAAAAGAAAGUCCCUUACAGAAAGACAACCAAGCCAUGGAUGAAUAUGAAACUGGCUAUAGCAAUAAAAUCGAUACCAGCCUGCAAAAGAAAAAGGGAACUCCAGGUCAUUAUGGAAGCAGUCCCAGACGAGGGCCACGAAGUGUUUUGAGUAGCCCAAAUUCACUUAAAAACACAACUUACAGUCAAGGGUCAAAGUUAAAUGAUAUCCAGAGAGACCAAAUGAAGAAGUGGGUAUCUGAUGACCACCAUGGUACUUCUGACACUUGGAGAGAGUACCGUUCUGCUGCCUGGAUUCCUGGGCAUGGCAGGACAAGAAAGGACUCUUCUCACGAGGUGGAAGGUGCUGGAAACAGAAAUGUAAGACGACAACUUCAGGAAGAUUUAAUGAGCAAAGAUGUGCCAGACAUGCAGAAAGGAAGUUCUGAAAUGAAGAAGCUUAGAAAAUCAAGAAGACCGAGAAGAACUAGAAAAGAUGAGUAUGAUCAUGAUGAAGUAGAAGGUCCAGUCAUAGAUGAAUCUGUGCUGUCAGCAAAAGAACUUCUGGGGCUGCAACAAGCUGAAGAACGAUUGAAGCGGGACUACAUUUAUAGACUGAAGAAGCAACCUCGAAGCUACCCAUCAGCAAAAUACACCUGCAAAUUAUGUGAUGUUUUGAUUGAGUCAGUGGCUUUUGCUCAUAAGCAUAUUAAAGAAAAAAGACACAAGAAAAGCUUGAAGGAAAAGCAAGAAGAACAGCUGCUGACUGCUCUUCCUCCUCCAACGCCUUCUCAGAUACAAGCUAUUGGUGUUGCUAUAGAAAAUGUCGUGCAGGAGUUUGGCUUAAAUAAUGAAGAUCUAGAAGAAAGGCUUAACAUAAAAACAAUGAUGGAAAACUUGCUGCGUCAAAAAUUGCCAGAGUGUUCAUUAAGAUUGUAUGGCUCCUCCUAUAGCAGAUUUGGUUUCAAAACUUCAGACAUAAACAUAGAUACCCAGUUUCCUGCCAAUAUGACUCAGCCAGAUGUUCUCUUACUUGUGCAAGAAAGUCUCCAGAACAGUGACUCUUUUACGGAAGUUGAUGCAGAUUUCCAUGCUAGAAUACCAGUGGUGGUGUGCAGAGAAAAGCAAAGUGGCCUUAUUUGUAAAGUGAGUGCAGGGAAUGAGAAUGCUUGUCUGACAACAAACCAUUUGGCAACACUUGGAAAGCUGGAACCUACUGUUGUACCUUUAGUGAUUGCCUUCAGGUACUGGGCAAAGUUAUGCUGUGUUGAUCGUCCAGAAGAGGGAGGCUUGUCCCCUUACGUGUUUGCUUUAAUGGUUAUUUUCUUUCUACAACAGAGGAAAGAGCCUUUUCUGCCCGUCUAUUUGGGAUCAUGGAUUGGAGGAUUCUCAUUAAACAAAUUAACUAAUUUUCAUCUGAGAGAAGUCAAGAAUGAUGCUGUGGUUUGGGAGCAUGACCCCACCGAUGAUUCUGAUUUGCCACAGGAAACUUCCCCUAGAAGGGGCAAGGUUCCGUUAGUAUUUGAUUUAGGUCAGCAGUGUUCAGCAGCUGUUGGCCAGCUCUGGCUGGAGCUGCUUCGUUUCUAUGCUUUGGAGUUCCGUAUGGCUGAUUUGGUUAUUAGCAUACGACUCAAGGAACCAGUGUCUCGUGAAUUAAAGGACUGGCCUAAAAAGCGCAUUGCUGUGGAAGACCCAUAUUCAGUCAAAAGGAAUGUGGCAAGAACUCUGAACAGCCAGCUAGUGUAUGAAUAUAUUCUUCAUUGUCUGAGAGCAACUUAUAAGUAUUUUGCCCUGCCUCACAAAAAAAGUGCAAAAUGGAGCAAAAUGUCCUUUUCAAAUGAAAGUGAGGAGAAAUCACAAAUGCUGGACCAUGGAAAAGAUGCUAUAAAGCGUGAAGAUUCUGAUUUGCAAAACUUGGAUAGUAGAGCAAACACAGCUGUAGUAGAAGAUCACGUAACAGAGAAUACAUAUAUGCCCAAGGAACUUAAAAUUGGUCCUUCAAAACAGUGUGAUGGCUCAGAAAGUUUCACAGAAGAAGAAUUGGCUGAUGAUGUAAGUCAUCUGGCAAUUACCCAUGAAGACUCAGACUGUAUAAUUGAGGAAAUUAUUUCUGGAGAUAAUGAGGAUUUUAAACCUAGCUGUGAAGAGACAGAAAGUGAAAAUGAAGAUGAAGAAGAGGAGGAAGAGGAAGAAGAUGAACAACAAAAAAGACAAUGGAAUAAUAUUUUGGCUGCUGAGCAGGCAAUCGAUGAAGAUAGUGACAGUGGAGAACUCCGUGCUAUGGUGAAUGAGCACGAUGUCGAGACCUGUAGUGCCUCAGACUUUGAAGGUUUUCAGCACACUGCACUUACAGAGAGUGAUGAAUUUGGCUUGGAGUGCAGUGGUGUAACAGAUGACAAGAUUGACAUUGAUGAGGAUAGUAGUACUGAAGGUACUGAUGAACUGGAUGAAUCCCCACAAAAAUUCCUAUGUUCAGCACAGAGUAAGAUAUCCCAAAUGAUUAACACAGAUGAUGAAGAGGAAGAAGAGGAAGCACCAAGUCUUCUAAAUCAGAGAGAAUGCAGUGUUACCAUUAGAGCUGGAGGUGGACUAGAUAACACAUAUACUGGGUCUGGAGAUGAUGAUGCACUGUCAGAGGAAGAAGAUGAUUUUUCCAUCCCCAGUAAAUAUGAUAACAAACUUUUCAAAGGAAUUGUAGAUGAACCUGUGAGGAUCAAUUUGAGUCAGGAAUAUCCUACUGAGAAGGGAAGCCACUCUGAAGAUACCACAGCAGUAGAACACAGCUUAGAAUCUGAACUAUUUUAUCAGUUCAGUAAACAAGCAUUUACAAAGGGCAAGUCUCCUACAGUAGUAUGUAGCUUGUGCAAGCGGGAAGGUCAUUUAAAGAAUGAUUGUCCAGAAGACUUCAAGAAAAUUGAGCUUGACCCACUGCCACCACUGCCACCCAAGUUUUCAGUUAUUCUAGAUCAAGUUUGUGUCCAGUGUUACUAUGAUUUUGCUCCAAAUAUAGUAGAGGAUCACGCUCGGGAACAUAUACGACAAAGCUUGGAAAUCUUCAUUAGACAAGAUUUCCCAGGAACCAAGCUGGAUUUGUUUGGCUCCUCAAAAAAUGGCUUUGGCUUCAAACAAAGUGAUCUUGAUAUCUGUAUGACAAUAGAUGGUCUGGAAACUGCUGAGGAACUUGACUGCAUCAGAAUCAUUGAAGAUUUAGCCAAAGUUCUCAAGAAACAGUCAGGUUUAAGAAAUGUCUUGCCUAUAACAACUGCUAAAGUCCCAAUUGUCAAAUUUUUCCAUGUCAGAAGUGGUCUUGAAGUAGACAUCAGUUUAUAUAAUACUCUGGCCUUACAUAACACCAGACUUCUGUCAUCAUAUGCAGCUAUUGAUCCUAGAGUAAAAUAUCUGUGUUACACAAUGAAAGUCUUUACAAAGAUAUGUGACAUUGGAGAUGCAUCUCGAGGCAGCCUGUCAUCUUAUGCAUAUACUCUUAUGGUGCUUUAUUUUCUUCAACAGAGAAAUCCACCAGUCAUCCCUGUUCUUCAAGAGAUCUACAAAGAACCAAAAAAGCCUGAAAUUUUGGUUGAUGGCUGGAAUGUAUAUUUCUUUGAUAAGAUAGAGGAGUUGUCAGUUGUUUGGCCAGACUACGGGAAAAACACUGAAUCUGUUGGGCAGCUGUGGCUGGGACUUCUCCGAUUCUACACAGAAGAAUUUGAUUUUAAAGAGCAUGUCAUCUGCAUCAGGAGAAAAAAUCUACUUACAACUUUCAAGAAGCAGUGGACCUCCAAAUAUAUUGUAAUUGAAGAUCCCUUUGAUUUGAAUCACAAUCUUGGAGCUGGAUUGUCAAGAAAAAUGACAAAUUUUAUAAUGAAGGCUUUUAUCAAUGGCAGAAGGGUAUUUGGUACCCCUAUAAAAAUAUUUCCUAAAGAAUACCCAUCAAAAAUGGAGUACUUUUUUGAUCCUGAGGUACUAACGGAAGGAGAACUGGCACCAAAUGAUAGAUGCUGCAGAACUUGUGGUAAAAUUGGCCAUUUCAUGAAAGAUUGUCCCAUGAGACGAAAACUAAGACGGCAUCGUGAUUAUGAAGGUGCACAAAGGUUUGGAGAAAUAAAGGAGAAAAGAAGCAAAGAUGACAAAGAAAUGCAGAAUAAACCAACAGAAAAGGAGAACUUAAUCAAGGAGGGAAAGUCACACCUGUGUACGCCUCAGAAGAGGAAACUAGCAAGGGUAGUAGUGGAAACUGGAAGAGAGAAGACUCCCAGGCAAUCAGCAGAGAAAUGGAAGCGCCUGGAAGACAGAGACAUAAGAGAAAAACGUUGUUUUAUCUGUGGAAGAGAAGGUCAUAUUAAAAAGGAAUGCCCACAGUAUAAAGGAGUUGCAGAUGGCUCAAAACAGGAAGUGUUGUGUGGAUCCCCUUCUUUAUCCACUGCUGUCAAACAUGCUGGUAGAUUAAAUCAGGGAGUGCUUAUGCAUGAAGAAAAAAAGAAACAAAAAGGAAAAGUAUUUUUGAGUCCCCAGUCAGGCAGCCUUUCCAAUAAAUACAUGACUCAGGGAAAAGCCUCACAGAAGAGGACCCAGCAAGAAUCAUGAGGGAUACUAAGCACUGAUGGAUUGCAACACAGAUCCAUAAUUCACUUAAAAGAAAUGUCUUUGUCUAAAACAUCUGAAUUCACAGGACAGCAGCAUUGACAACCUUCAGCUUAAGUUCAAUGAAAAUAUGGGUGUUUUCUUAUAGAUUGCUAGUACAAACAACUGUGGAUUUUAAUACAGACCCCUGCUCUUUAAUAGAUUGUUUGAACAUUUUAAUAGAAAGCCAUGAUGUUUUGUAUUUGUUUACUAGGUAAUGCAUUUAGAAAAGGGCAGGUACUAAAAACAAACUGUUUUCAGGGUUUUGUUGUUCCACCUGACCAUUUUAAACUGCACUAAAACUAUGUGCUAGCCAAAUAAAUUAUAUUUUCUUCAAAAAUGAAUUUUUUUGAAGGAGCAAAUGAUAUUUAUUAAUGUUGACUGUUUACUGAAUCCUUGUGUAAGUGUUUGAGAUGUUUGUAGACUGCUACAUUUUUUUUAAUUUCUCCAGAGAACUAAAAACAUAGACACUAGUCAUCAUAUGUAAAACAAUCUCUGGACAAGCAGUGCCACUGAAAUUUUGUGGGUUGUUUUCUGUUCUGUGAUUUUAUGGGAGUUCAUUCGCUGCUGUGCUUGUGUUCAAGAAGAAAGAAAGAAAGACUAGGUAACAGGUCAGUCCUGUUUUGUUGCUGCUAAGAAUCUUUUUCAAGGCUUUGGGGAUACAGACAAAUGCUUUAAGAAAUAGAGGUAUUAUAUUUGGCAACUGGGGAAAAAUACAUGUCCGUUUUCAUAGAAUGUGAAGAGGAUCCUUGUACGAGUCAAGAAUUUACAUUCAUUAGUAGUAUGAACUUGAGCUUUACUUGAAGUCCUUCCAGAGGUGGUAAUGUGCCAUCUUACCUUGUUCAGAAAAUAAUUAGUUAUGUGUUGAAAUUGAAACCACUGUUAAUUUAUGAAUCUGAAAUAAAUUUUAAAAAAAAAGUGAAAAUCAGACUUAAGUUUAUGUAUUUUUUGAGGUUGUAGUUUUCAAUAUUCCUGACAUAAAUGUAGAAUUAAUGAUAACUUGCCAUAAUUAUCUAGAUUUAGCACAAUCAUGUUCAAUUUUUUUUCCCUAUCAAUCUAUUUUAACAGAAGUUGAAAACUAGAAUUGUGAAAGGGUUCUUAGGGAACUAGCAUCCUAAGUCUUGUUUUGGUUUUCACUCAUCUGAAGCCAGCUAUGAACUUUUAGAUGUGUUGCUUUCACAAAUAAUUUAUUUUGUGUUCUUUCCUAAACACAUUUUCAAGCUUAUUAUCUUUGUGUUUUAUUUAGCUUUCUGGUCAGAGUUACUUCCAAUUUUGCUGG